CACUGAUGGGUAUACCUGUUUCGAAACCUCAAUGUAAUGCAAACGUCAGAUCCUAAACGAAAACGAAAUCCUUAACGCGGUUUUUACAAUGGAAUCAGCAAUUCCGGCAAUUCCUAUUCGACAGAAAAUGUGUUCAAACGAAGUAAUUUUGGAGUCCGAAAUUUUAUUUGAAAUUGCAAACCUUGAAAAUGGUUAUAAGGACGGAGAAGACAUUUGUUUUGCGGCAGAAACGCUGGAAGAAGCGAACAUUUCAUGGUGGAUUACGGCUAAAAAAUUGACUUACAAGCAGAAAAUGUACUUCGAUUUUGUCAUUCAGGUGCAUUCAGACAUCUGGAAAUCCGGAAAAUACCAGUUCUGCCAGUCAUUACAGGUUACGCACGGGUACAGUUUCCAUUGUAGCGGCUUUAAACAGUUGAGUCAACAGCUGGUAGUGAAGACUGUAAUUGUUGACAUGAACUACUUGUUAGGUCAUGUAACUUCCAACGGUUCACUUCACGUUAUCGGUAAAUUGAAAUUGAAGAAUCUUGGAGAGAAGACACUACGUCGAGUGAACUUCACCCGACUCGCAAAUCAGUACACAUCGACGCAAUAUCACAGCAUCUUGAACGACCCAACGUUCUCCGAUUUCACAUUUGUGGUACAAAACAAGGAAUUUAAAGUCCACAAAGCCAUUGUUGGUGCAUCGAGUGAGGUGAUGCGACUGAUAUUCACCGCCGAUCUACAGGAGUCAAGACAGGGCCGAUGCAACGUAGUCGACAUUGACCCGGAAGUAUUCGGUCAUUUGUUACGGUUUAUGUACACUGGUCAGCUUCCGGAUGCUUUGGAUGGCAUUUCAGGCGAUCUACUGAAAGCAGCACAUUUUUAUGGGGUGACCGAACUGUUUGAAAUCUGCAAACAAUAUUUGCAGUUUCAAUUGAGCGCUGACAAUGCGGUCGAUAUCUACGAAUUUUGCAGUUUGUACGAAUUGGCCGAGUUGAAGCUGGAGGCAUGGAACUUUGUGACAUGGCACAUUCUGAAAAUUUCCACUCCACUCAAACCACUGCCGGUGGAAGACGUCCGAGAGUUAAUUAAAGCCAAGGCAAAAAUCAACAGCAUAUUACGGAAGCAUCAAAUUUUACCACAUGACGAGACAAUGCGAACAGUUUUACGAUAAAAUGUGACUGACUAUACCAACCGCGACAUGUAAUUUAUAAAUAAAAGAACUUUCCAAAA